CUUGAGUGGAGCCGGUCAAAGUUUUGUCAUCAGAUAAGACUUUCGCAAAAAACUCGAAUAGUUUCAUUAUAAUUUAAUAUUUUUUCAACAUUAUUAAGAAAAUUGUUAACAUGUCUCUAAAGCUUUUGUCGACCAACAAAUGUUUCGAAGGUGAGCAACGUGUCUACAGUCAUGACUCCACCACCUUGGGAUGUGAAAUGAAAUUCGGUGUUUAUGUGCCGCCCAGCAUGUUGGAAGAUAAAACCGAAUGUCCGGUGUUGUACUUUUUGAGUGGCUUAACUUGUACCCAAGACAACUUUAUACACAAAUCGGGUGUUCAACAAUAUGCCGCCAAACAUGGCUUAGUAGUGGUGAACCCGGAUACAUCUCCUCGUGGCCUUAAUAUUGAGGGUGAAAAUGAUGCCUAUGAUUUUGGUACUGGAGCUGGCUUCUACAUCAAUGCGACCCAGGAACCUUGGUCAAAGAAUUAUCAAAUGUUUUCCUAUGUCACUCAUGAAUUGGUGGAAUUGAUCAAUAAAACCUUUGCUGUGCUACCCAAUAAGAAGGGCAUUUUUGGCCAUAGCAUGGGUGGCCAUGGUGCUUUGGUUUGUGCUCUAAAGAAUCCCGGCCAGUAUCAAUCGGUUUCGGCCUUUGCACCUAUUUCCAAUCCCAUGGAGUGUCCUUGGGGACAAAAAGCUUUUAAAGGAUAUUUGGGUGAUGACCAAGAAGCCUGGAAACAAUGGGAUGCUACUCAUUUAGCCAAGAACUAUGCCGGCGCCCCUUUGGAGUUAUUUGUGGACCAGGGUAGCGAAGAUGAUUUCCUCAAGCAAAAGCAAUUGCUUCCCGACAAUUUGCUUGGCGCCACUGCCAACAAUGAUCAUUUGCAAACCAUUUACAAAUUGCGUGAAGGUUACGAUCACAGCUAUUACUAUAUUGCCUCUUUUGUGGGCGAACACAUUGACUAUCAUGCAAAGUUAUUAAAACAAUAAAUAAUGGUGCAAUUGGGGAAUUUAAUUUCAGAAUAUUUACUCAUUGAGAUUGUUUAUUUUACAACUUAAAUAAAGUAAAUGUCCAAAUACAUAAUUUUAAUAUUAAACUAUAUUUUUGUAUAAAGUUAAAGCUAAACUAAAAAAAAGAAAAAAUAUAUAAAUGAAUGUGUAUUAACUGCA